CGAGGCGACCCGGAUGCCAUGGACACCGACUCGGAUCCCGCGCCCCUCAACAUUCUCUACGCUUCCGGGCCGUACACGGCGGACGACAACCUCGACUUUGAACCGCUGCACGCCCUGUGCGACCAAGCCGCCGACACGUACGCGGACGCGCUGGUGCUGACGGGGCCCUUUAUCGACAGCGAGCACCCUUUGAUUGCGAUGGGCGACUUUGAUCUCCCCGAGGAAGCCGUCAUCGAGCCGGACACGGCCACGAUGUCGACCGUCUUCAAGUACAUGUUCUCCCCGGCCCUGAACCGCCUCGUGUCCGCCAACCCGAGCAUCACCAUCCUCCUCGUCCCUUCAGUGCGCGACGUCAUCGACAAGCACGUCUCGUGGCCGCAGGACUCGGUCCUGAAGAAGGAGCUCGGCCUCCCCAAGACGGCGAGGAUCGUCACCAACCCGAUGACGCUGUCCGUUAACGAGAUGGUCAUGGGCAUCUCGUCGCAGGAUAUUCUCUGGCAGCUGCGGCACGAGGAGCUCGUUGGCGGCCGCCCCGCGGAUCCGUCGCUGUUGUCGAGGCUUAGCAGGUAUCUGUUGGAGCAGAGGCACUUUUUCCCGCUCUUCCCCCCGACGGACCGCCAGAAACUGCCCAAGACGGGGACCGAAGAGGGCAUCCCGCCAGGAGCCAUGCUGGAUCUUAGUUAUUUGAAGCUGGGCGAGAUGGUCAAUGUUCGCCCUGAUGUGCUGGUGGCGCCCAGCUUUCUGCCUCCGUUUGCCAAGGUCGUCGAGAGUGUGCUCGUGAUCAACCCGGGCUACCUCUCCAAGAGACGCGGCGCCGGCACGUACGCCCGCCUGACGCUGUUCCCUCCCAAGGCCGACGCGGGCCAGUCCGCGGCCAUGGUGAGCCACGGCGUGUUUGAGCGCGCGAGAGUGGAGAUUAGAAAGAUUUGA